GAUAAUUACAAAGGAAUAUGGAGGAUGUAAAACAGAAGGUCAUUUCAGGGUUAAAUCUAAUCAGAUCUAACCCUCAAAUGAAAUGGGGUUUUCUCUCGAGACUGUUUUUUGCCAAGAAACAAAGCAGUAGAAGAAAAAAAACAGAAUUUUCCCAGUCACAGCUCAGACAAGGGCAAUCGGCCAUACUCCAGGUGCAGUUUUUCCAAUACGUUGCUCGAUUUCUUAAAUAGAUAAAAAUAAUGCAAUUUCGGACAAAGCGUGUGCUAGCUUUUGCUACUGUGGCAAGUUAUUUGUUUUUGACUGGAUUAGAAAAUGCCAUAAUUUUACCAACAGCCUGGCGGUACUUGAUGUUUUUAGGAGCCAAUCAAGAGUAUUUGCUGGGUGUCACCGUUUCAGGUUUCAGUGCUUCUGCUGCCAUUGCCGGAUUGAUUGGAGGACGACUUGCAGACUCGUUUCCGUCGAAAACAAAGAAUAUCGUUGUCACUGCCGUGUUAGCCAUGAUUCUUGGAAACACAAUGUAUCUAAUUGGUGGAUCGGUGGUUUAUGUAAUCAUGGGUCGCGUCCUUUGCGGUUUGGGGAGUGGUGCAGGAGCAGCAUUAUUAGCAGAAGUGUGUCGAACAACUUCUUCUAGGGAGAGGACAUCAGUUUUAUCUGUGUGCAGCGGCCUUAGACAAGUUGGACUCCUCAUUGGUCCAGGUUUUCAGAUCAUUCUAGAGUAUUUCAACUUCACCUUGUUCGGUGGUGCACUUGUCGUGCAGCCAUUUAACGCACCCGGACUCUUUAUGGCCGUUCUGUGGAUUUGCUUCCUCAUGUUUGUUCUUGCUUUGUAUCAGAACCUUGAUGUCGAGUACAAGUACGAAAUGCUAAGGAAAGAGCACAACGGUUUGGAUGUAAGGGAAUCUAUGGAUGGGCAUUCGAUAGAACUGAGUACUAGCCGUGAAACGAUUCUGGCCCAAGAGGAUGACCAGCCAAGCAUUGCAGCCCGUAGAUGGUAUUUCAUUGAAGAAAAUUUCAAUAGAGAGACCGCCCCACAUCCUGCCACAUAUUCAACCUAUAUAAAUGAAUUUCUCCAUGACGAUACCGUCGUACUAUUCGGUAUGACAGCAAUACUGUUCUUUGGUCAAGUUUCUAUAGAGACUAUAAUUCCUCCCCUGUUUUCAAGGCUUUUCGACUACACCAGCUUCGAAACCAGCUUAGUUUAUAUGGUUGGAGGAGGUUUUUCCAUUGCAAUCUAUUUAUUAGUGUCUGUAACGACAAAAUGGACCACCGAUACAUAUCUCGUGCUAUUUGGCUGGUUGAUGCACAUACUCGGCUUCACCUGGUGUCUCAUUUGGCUCCCUCGUAUUCAGCCAGGAGAUACGGACAAGAUGCCUGUCCUGCUAAUAGGAGUUAUGUUUCUGUACGUUGGAUUCCCUGUUGCUGCCGUUGGUACCACAUCCUUGUUAUCCAAAUGCGUCUCUCUUCGCGUCCAAGGCAUUGCACAAGGAUUCCGUCGGCUUGCAACGUUCUCUGGAUUGAUCCUGGGUCCGCUGUGGGGAGGCGCCACCCUUCAUAAACCCGAUUUGCAACUGUCUGUUCCACUACUGCUACUGCUUAUAUUAGGGGCGAUGUUUUCUUUUUCCUUUAAGAAAAUCCGGAAUGAAGAAAGAAUAGCUAUGAAUGUAAGCAAGUGAGGGUAAAAUCGAUGUAAUUGUGUU